GCCUAUCACAACCAGAAGCAGGAUCAUCGCGCCAUGCAUAAGUCACGAAUCUUCAAGCAAGCCAUCAGGCUCUUCCUCCUUCUCUCAACAGCCAACCCCCCAGGCGCCCUUGGCUUACAAGAACGCAGGGAUCUCUGCGGACUCAGCAUGCACACCUCCGAGAUCCCCGACAUCGGCAACUUCUCCGUCAUUGACGCCAGCUGGACAGUUCCCGUAGUAAUCACCCGUGAGGACGACACGGCAAAGGAUGCCCCGUAUGUCUCGCAAGGUGUGGCCCUCUGCUGCGGCGACGACUGCUCAACCCGACUCUCCGCCGGUAUGUGGGUAUAUGAGCGGUCACCCGAGGGUAAACACGCUGGAUUCGCCAUGUUCCAGCUCAGCCCGACGUUUGGGACGUUCUUGAUUCCACAUGAACACCAAUUAUAUUUGAACGAUGGGGACAUCCUCUGGACGCGAGCGGAAAUCCUAGGGCCGAAUCUAGCACAACUGACAUUCUCCAAAGUCGUAAACGAGACGUCCAAUAUCACCCUCAGCGUGGAUCUCGGGAUCGGGAUACGGGAUAGCAUGACCAUCCUGAGCAUUGCCACGCGGGGAAACGGGGCAGAAUUGCACCACACGCAAUUCCCCCGACACAAAUUCGACCCCAAGCCCGAGUUUUGCGGCGACUCGGCGUGGUGGUAUCUGUCAGACAACUUCGAUGUCGGGGAGCAGACCGACAGGCCCAUGGGACUGUCCCGAUUCUCCCCCGUGCUCGUGGCGGACCACGGGCUGCAGACGACGGACAAGAAAUCGUUCCCGGCCAGAUUGCCGGUGAGCGGGCUGGGGCGGUUCUGGAACAUGGUGCGGGACACGGGGGGGCAGACUGAGGCGCUGUGCGCCGCUACGGAGUUUGAGGGCACGGGCAUGACCCUGUUCUACGCUCUUUGACCGUGAUGGGGGUACGGUGGAUGGCUCUGGUGUUAGGGGGAUCCUGAUUUGGACACAGAGGGAGGUUAUUAACAUGAAUUAUGAUUCCAUCAGAGGCAGCUGGUUGGCACACUUUGGACGAUAACCGCUCGGUUGCGAGGAUUUGGGAUCUCCACAUAUUGAUAUCGCUUCACGACGGGGCUGAUGAGCCUUCAUUCUAAAAGUCAAUGCAAGAUGCCACAGGCUGACCCGCCCUUACCCCAACGAUGACUUUUGGUGGCCACAACACCUUCCAGCCUUCUCAGUCCAUAGCAAUCUCCCCCUCAACAAUCUUCCGAAUCGUGUCGAUGCUGCCCUCCACCGCCAUCUUGGCCAUCUUAACAUACCCCCCCUCCAACUCCCUGGCCUUCUCCCCCCCCUCCUCCACCCC